GGGUUCGUUUCCCUGGUUUCCGGGCCCGGCUGGAGUCUCCCGCUGCCGGGCGGAGCAGCGGUCCUCUGGUGUCGGGACUCGCCGGCCGAGCUCCCGCCGGUCCCGUGGCUCCCCGCCGGCCCGGGCUCGGAUCCCGGCGCCCUCCCUCCCCGCCCGAUGGAGUCCCAAUGCGACUACUCGAUGUACUUCCCGGCCGUGCCGCUGCCGCCACGCGCCGAGCUGGCUGGGGAUCCGGGCCGGUACCGGGCGCUGCCCCGGCGCAACCAUCUGUACCUGGGAGAGACGGUCCGCUUCCUGCUGGUGCUGCGCUGCCGGGGCGGCACGGGGCCGGGCGUCGGGAGCGGCGCGGGCUUGGCAUCCCGAGGGGCAUGGACCGAACUGGCCACCGCCCUGGCCGCCCUGGCCUCGGUCAGCGCCGGAGGGGGCCUGCCAGGAUGCGGCGGCACCGGCGACCAGGAUGCCGAGCCCCCGGGGGGAGGGGAUCCGGGGGGCGGAGGUUUGUUUCGAGGCUGCAGCCCCCUUCUCACCCACGGCCCGGGCCCUGCUACCUCAGGGGGAGCGACCACGCUGCCUGUGGAAGAGCCGAUCGUGUCCACUGAUGAGGUCAUCUUCCCACUCACUGUUUCGCUGGAUAGACUGCCCCCAGGGACACCCAAGGCCAAGAUUGUAGUGACCGUGUGGAAGCGGGAGGUCGAGGCACCAGAAGUCAGAGACCAAGGCUACCUGCGCUUGCUGCAGACGCGAUCUCCUGGGGAGACUUUCCGUGGAGAACAGAGCGCCUUCAAGGCUCAAGUGAGCACCCUGCUGACGCUGCUGCCCCCUCCGGUUCUGAAAUGCCGCCAGUUCACUGUGGCUGGAAAACACUUGACUGUGCUCAAGGUGCUCAAUAGCUCUUCCCAGGAAGAAAUCUCCAUCUGGGAUAUCCGAAUCCUCCCCAACUUCAACGCCAGUUACCUACCUGUCAUGCCCGACGGCUCCGUCCUGCUGGUGGACAAUGUCUGUCACCAGUCUGGGGAAGUCUCCAUGGGUUCCUUCUGCCGGCUUCCUGGUACCUCUGGCUACUUCCCCUGUCCACUUAGUGCCCUGGAGGAACACAACUUCCUGUUUCAGCUGAGAGGGGGUGAACAGCCCCCUCCCGGGGCCAAAGAGGGUCUUGAAGUUCCCUUGAUUGCCGUGGUUCAGUGGUCCACCCCAAAGCUGCCUUUCACCCAGAGCAUCUACACCCAUUACCGCCUGCCCAGUGUCCGCCUAGACCGCCCCUGCUUUGUGAUGACCGCUUCUUGUGAGUCCCCUGUUCGGACCUACGAGCGUUUCACUGUCACCUACACGCUGCUCAACAACCUCCAAGACUUCCUUGCUGUGAGGCUUGUGUGGACCCCGGAACACGCACAGGCUGGAAAGCAGCUGUGUGAGGAGGAGCGCCGCGCUAUGCAGGCAGCCCUAGACUCCAUCGUCUGCCACACACCCCUCAACAACCUUGGCUUCUCCCGGAAGGGCAGUGCGCUUACCUUCAGUGUGGCCUUCCAGGCCCUGAGGACGGGACUCUUUGAGCUGAGCCAGCACAUGAAACUGAAGCUCCAGUUCACCGCCAGUGUGUCCCACCCUCCGCCUGAGGCCCGGCCCCUGUCCCGCAAGAGCAGCCCCAGCAGCCCUGCCGUCAGAGACCUGGUGGAGAGGCACCAGGCUAGCCUAGGCCGUUCUCAGUCCUUCUCCCACCAACAGCCUUCCCGUAGCCACCUCAUGAGGUCAGGCAGCGUGAUGGAACGCAGGGCCAUCACACCCCCUGUGGCCUCCCCCGUUGGUCGUCCCCUCUACCUGCCCCCGGACAAGGCUGUGCUUUCCCUAGACAAGAUUGCCAAGCGCGAGUGUAAAGUCCUGGUGGUGGAGCCUGUCAAGUAGCACCGGCCUGCUCACUGUACUCCGGACACUCCAGAACCCCUAAGC